UCUAAAUAUGAAUUCAUUCAUAUAUUCUGAGAAAAUAUGUUACAGUGGCUCUUUAUUUUAUUUUCCUUUUGGGUUCUUAUUUAUUGGAAUGAUAUACUGAGAAAAUGCUGAGAACACAAUUGACAUAACAAUAACAUGGUAUAUAUGCUCUAUUUUCAUCAUCAAUGGAUAAUUUCUCAUUUUGUUGAGAGUUUUUAAUCUAAAAUUAGGGCUUUCUGAAUGUUAGAAAUUUAGAUUGAGAGUUUUUAAUCCAAAAUUAGGGCUUUCUGAAUGUUAGAAAUUCUUCUUCUUUAGAUUCCAAAGCUAAAAAGAUUAAAAAAUUUGGUUAGCAACUCUAAGAAAAACAUCAAAACCAUACCAUAUUAAAAAAUAUUUUACCCUACUUACAACUUCUUUGGUGGUCUUCGUUAUCCUUUCCAACACUGAUGAGUUUAAGUUUCUUCUGCAAAUACAGAAGGAAUCCUUGCCAAAAAAAUAAAAUUGUGAGCUGGUAUUUACAAAUUUUGUGGAAGAAUUGCGUAUAACUUAUUCCUGCAAACCAUAGUUAGUAAUAAAAGAAAAUAGGAUAUUUUUUUUAUGCUAUAAAGUUAUAUAGGUAGUAAGUUGGCUGGUAAUAAUUGUGUCUCCAAUUCUAAUGCCGCCAUUCUAGAGGCUGAUGAUGAUGAAGAGCUUCUGGAAAGAGUAAAAAAGGAUAGAAAGAAGAGAAUUGAGAGACAAGGAGUUCUCAGCUCAUCUAACAAAGAAACAGGGAAAUAGCUCAAAAAGUUGUAUUUCAAUCAUGUGAGUUAUGAUUCUAUUCCUUUUGCUGGAACAAUCAUCAGAGCAAUACAGGUAAACAUAUAAUUCUAAGAUUUACAGUACUUUGUUUGUACUCUUUUCCCCUUCAUUUAUAUUAAGAAGCUUCAACGUUAAUUCUGAGGCUUACAAGACUUUGUUUGUAAUUGUAGUCCUUUCACCUUUAUUAAAUUUAAUAACCUUGAACUUAUCUUCCUGACAUUCAUUGUAGAGAUCUUUCCAAAAAUCUGCUUUUGUUGUUUCCAUACUCUUUAUCUUGAAUAUAAUGUCAAAACAAUUUUAUUAUCUCUAUAUAUCUUAAAGUGAGAGCUUAGUUCAUGAUUUGCAAGUCUGCAUAUUCGAUUAUUUAAAAUUAAUCUUAUUGUUCAGUGUGGUCCUUCUUCUGUUUUGAACAAAGUAUUGUUCUUUGUUCUUUUUUUAUAUAUAAAAUUUUCUAGUGGCUUUGAGAAAUGUAUGGAGAGGCAGGGCUUUUGUUCCCUUGUUUCCAGAAUUUCUCUCAAGAACUUAGGCAAUAUGAUGAAUUUUGCAGAACUUAAUUUUGUUUAGUUUGACUAUUCUGAAGUUGGUUUUAGCUUGUUUUCUAGUGAAGUUGAUCAUCAUGGGAGUAAAGAAAUUGUUUCAUUGUUUACUUGAAAGCUCAAAUCUUUUUUUCAACUUUUUAAGUUUAGUUUUUUCAUAAUUCAAAGAUUGGGUGUUUGGAUUUAAGUAUGUCUUGCAUGUGUUUGAUGAUAUGCUCGUUUGUACAAAAAUGAAAAAACAAAAAGCUUUUGUUUUGUGGCAUUACAUUUGCAAUAUAACACUCAUAUUGUGAUACAAGCUUCUUAAUUAUGUGAGGUGGAGCUUGUUGUUUCUCUUGAUUGCCAAGGAACAGAAUAAUAAAUCUGAGAAAAUUAUUAUUAUUAUUACUAAAAAAAAAAAGAAAAUUGGGUCAAACCGCAUAUACUGAAAAGAAAAAAAAAAAGAAUAGGCCCCAUGUGAGAUAUCCCACUAAGGUCCCAACAUACACUUAAAAAGAAGGGUCUCUCAUUGAUUUUAUAAGAAAGGGCUAGGGUAGUCCCCCUUUUCAUAAAUAUUUAAAUUCAUUUAUAUAUCAUCAAAUUAAUAUAUAUGCAAUGGCUAUGGCUCUCCUAAUAACACUACUCCCUUAUGAUAGAUCAAGGGCUAGGGUAGUCCCCCUUUUCAUAAAUAUUGUCAGGACUUUCAGAGAUUGUGAAGAAUUGGCCUGCUAAGAAAUCAAAGAUGUACUAUAUUAAACCGGAAGUGUUCGGAGGAGAAGGCCAAGAGUGUUGGAUCAGCGCUGACGAGGUGGAAGAUGUGUGCGAGCUCCAUAUGAUUGGAAAUACUGUUAUGUCUCUUUGGUGCAGUUAUUUGCAAGAACACACACUUAAUCUUGGUGGGUUGAGGAAUACAUAUGCAUUUAAUAAUCCUGCUUCAGUAUCAACUGAAGCUGGUAAACUCAAACAACGUUCAGAGAAUCUAUGUCAGCGAAUGAUGGGUAUGCAACCUGAACAAUGGUUGAUAUGUCCGUGGAAUUCAGGUGAUAACUGGUUGACAAUUAUGAUUCAUGCCAAUACUCAAAGUGUUGCAUAUCUUGACUCGACGAAUGACUUUAUCCGAACUGAUAUUAUGAAAUGUAUCCAAAAUGCUGUGGACAUGUACAGGAUCGAAAAAAAUAUACGAAACAAGGGUCCAGUAAAAAUCAACCAAUACACGUGUCGACAGCAGCCUGAUGGAGUACUAUGUGGUUAUUAUGUUAUGAAGAUUAUUCAGAGUUUCAUGACGGUUGUUAAUCCUGCAAGUUUUUUGAAAAAUCAUUUCAAGUUAGACGCUCCCUAUAGUAACGAGGAGAUCAAUGCCGUACGGGAUGAGUUUGCCGAAUUUGUGAAGCCAUUGAUUAUAGAUUAAGUACUUAAGGUUACUACACUUUUGAUAUAAUACAUGAGUAACAAGUUUUAUGAUUAUUGUUAUCUUUCGCAUAUAUUAUUAGUUUAUAUUUAGUUUACGAUAUACAUGGAAUUUAAGUUUUAGAAUCGAUUUUAUUAACAAUUUUGGUAUUGUGUGAUUAGUUAAUAGAAUCGAUUACUAAUUUAAUAUAAGUUUUAAAAAUGUUAUUUUAA